AUGAUUUUCAAACAAUCCCUUGCCCUGGCGGCCUUAUCCCUCAGCCCUGCUGCUUCCGCUCUCCCGACACUGGGUGACCUUGCUUCUCGGGCCGUAUCUUCAACCCAGCUUUGCGGAGACUACGCCAAUCUUAUUCUGCCAGAUACGCCAUGGAUCGUCUACAACAUGCUGUACAAUGCCGCACAGAUUGUUGGCACGCAAUGUACAAACUAUGGCCAAGUCACCAUAAGCAAAACUGGCACCAAAGAGGUUGAAUGGAGCAGUGUGACUGACAUUGACUAUGUCGAGAGCACAAACAACGUGCCUAAGGGAUACUCUUUUGUCGGUCUGACCCAAAACCUCGAGACCAAGAUCUCCGCUAUCGAUUCCAUCCCUGCGGAUUAUAGCUGGACGCGCACCAACACCACCGAAUUCAAGGGUACGGCAGUGCUGACACAGGAGCAACGAGCAGGAAACAUUUGCUUCGAUUUCAUGACCAAUGACAUCAAGGGCGACUCGACCUCAUCCUCCUCGCACGAGCUCAUGCUUUGGCUGCAGUACGAGGGUGGCCAGCUCCCAAUCGGCUGGACAAACGGCCCGUCCGCGACCAUUGACGAUCUAUUCGGGACCUCGUGGACUCUGUACGAGGACGUCAACACCGACACCGGAAUCACUGUCAGCACCUUGAUGCCUGCCAAGCAGUUUGAUGGCUCGUUCUCUGGAGACCUGAAGGACUGGCUGCUUGCGAUGGCCAAGGUGGGUACUUUCAAGGAAUCCACAUAUGUGAAUGUUGGUAAUGCUGGCACGGAGUUCUUCUACGGAAAUGCCGUGAUGAACGCGACUCUCGGACUGCAGAUCAACCUGGCAUAA